AUGACGGUUGUGUGCGCAGUGGCAGCUGUCCGGUUCUUGGUCAUGUUUACAAUGAUGGCUUUCUGCAGCCUCCCUCUACUCGGAGCCAGCGCCACCUUGAACUCAGUUCUCAUCAAUUCCAACGCGAUCAAGAACCUGCCCCCACCGCUGGGUGGUGCUGGGGGGCAGCCGGGCUCUGCUGUCAGCGUGGCACCCGGAGUUCUCUAUGAGGGCGGGAACAAGUACCAGACUCUUGACAACUACCAGCCCUACCCGUGCGCAGAGGAUGAGGAGUGCAGCACUGACGAGUACUGCUCCAGUCCCAGCCGCGGGGCAGCUGGCAUCGGAGGCGUACAGAUCUGUCUGGCUUGCCGAAAGCGCAGGAAACGCUGCAUGAGGCAUGCUAUGUGCUGCCCCGGGAACUACUGCAAAAACGGAAUAUGCAUGCCAUCUGACCACAGCCAUUUACCUCGAGGGGAAAUUGAGGAAAGCAUCAUUGAAAACCUUGGUAACGACCACAACACCGGGGAUGGAUAUCCCAGACGAACCACCCUGACUUCAAAAAUAUAUCACACCAAAGGACAAGAAGGCUCUGUCUGUCUCCGAUCAUCAGACUGUGCCACAGGGCUGUGUUGCGCAAGACACUUCUGGUCCAAGAUCUGUAAACCUGUCCUUAAAGAAGGUCAGGUAUGCACCAAGCACAGGCGGAAAGGCUCCCACGGGCUGGAGAUAUUCCAGCGUUGUUACUGCGGGGAAGGUCUAGCUUGCAGAAUACAGAAAGACCACCAUCAAGCAAGCAAUUCUUCUAGGCUCCACACCUGCCAGAGACACUAA